GAGAGGCUGCCAGGGUGCAGGACGUGAGGGCUGUGCUCUGCAGGAACAAACACGCUCUGGAAUUUCAUUUCUGCCCUCGCAAGCAGCUUGCUUCCCGCCCCGUGGGGCCAGCCAGCCAGCCAGCCAGCGCUCGGAGGAGCCGAAAAGCUGGUUUUACAGACAGAAGGCUGAGGGAGAAAUGCAAACGCAGACACUUUGUGGCGACCAGGAAAUCGUUUCCUACAACGUACAGUCCCAGUAAAUUUGGAUGGACAAGACUUUGCCGCCACCAUCUGCAGCCAGCAAUAAGGCAGAAAGUUCUACAACAGCUUCAGCAAAUCAAGGGGGGAAAUGGAACUAAGUGAGCUUCAAGGCGACCUCAUCUGCCACAAAUGACACGGUUUCUGACUCUCGAAGAGCGGCUAUGUGAUUACAAAUAGCACUUGGAAGAGAACAGUGACCUCCUGGUGAUUACUGCUGGAGAUGUGCUCCCCUGCUGCAGAGCUUGUGCUUCUCCCCUGAAGCUGUGCAGUGCCACGAGCUUACCAAAUCUCAGACUUCAAAAACAUCUGCAAAUUCUUCUGGGAUUUGAAAAAAGUUGCAAUAGAAACACCAGAGAAACCUCCAAAUCGCAGGGAUUUUAAAUAUACCAUUAUAAUGGUAAGCUCCAAUUGUUCCACUGAGGACUCCUUUAAAUAUACUUUAUAUGGCUGUGUCUUUAGCAUGGUGUUUGUUCUCGGCCUCAUCGCAAACUGUGUUGCUAUCUACAUUUUUACUUGCACGUUAAAAGUACGAAACGAGACAACAACUUACAUGCUUAAUUUAGCAAUAUCAGACCUGCUUUUUGUGUUUACGUUACCCUUCAGGAUCUAUUACUUUAUAGCACGAAACUGGCCGUUCGGAGACAUCCUUUGCAGGAUUUCUGUCACCCUCUUCUACACGAACAUGUAUGGGAGCAUUUUAUUUCUGACUUGCAUAAGCGUAGAUCGCUUCUUAGCCAUAGUCCACCCCUUUCGAUCCAAGACUCUCCGAACCAAAAGGAAUGCAAAGAUUGUCUGUGUUGCAGUGUGGACAACCGUGCUGGCAGGCAGCACACCAGCCAGCUUUUUCCAGUCUACAAACCGCCGCAACGAUACUGAACAAAGAACCUGUUUUGAAAACUUUUCAGAGGACACGUGGAAAACCUACCUAUCCCGGAUUGUUAUCUUCAUUGAAAUAGUCGGGUUUUUUAUUCCUCUCAUCUUGAACGUGACCUGCUCUACUAUGGUCUUACGGACUUUGAAUAAACCGCUUACAUUAAGUCGGAAUAAAUUAAGCAAGAAAAAGGUACUAAAAAUGGUUUUUGUCCAUUUGGUAAUAUUCUGCUUCUGUUUUGUGCCUUAUAACGUGACAUUAAUACUUUACUCCCUUAUGAGAACACAGACCUGGAUCAAUUGUUCAGUGGUAACUGCAGUCAGGACUAUGUACCCUGUCACGCUGUGCAUCGCUGUUUCAAACUGCUGUUUUGACCCUAUAGUUUAUUACUUUACAUCAGAUACAAUUCAAAAUUCAAUAAAAAAGAACCGUUCCACUAGAACACGGGACAUCAGGUUCUCCGAAAGGCCAGUUUCAGAAAACUUCAUUCAACACAGCCUUCAGACUAUAAAAAUGAAAAUAUUUGACAAUGACUCUACAAUAUAAAUGGAAUUAAAAGACUACUUGGGACUAAACUGGAACUGGAAGCCUGCACAUUUCUUCAGCUGGGGAAAUAUAUUCUGAUAUGUAAAUGUUA